ACAAGAACAAGAAGAAGAAGAAGAAGAAGAAGAACAAGAACAAGAAGAAGAACAAGAAAAAGAAGAAGAAUGAGUGAGGUUCGAUCGCUCUGGUUUUGAUUAACACUACCUGGAACCAACAUAUCUUCACUCGCUGUAUCCCUCCAUGCAGAAGCAGAGCACGCACAAGAAUCGUGUCGUAUUUCUCUCUGAAAGCUUGCUCUGUAUUUAAAAAUCAUGGCUGAUGAAGAAUUGGAAGCCAUUAGGCGGCAACGUAUGACAGAACUGCAGGCGAAACAUGGGGAUCCUUCUAGUGACCAGCAGGGGCAGCAGGAGGCCAAACAGAGAGAGAUGGAGAUGAGAAACUCUAUAUUGGCUCAAGUCUUGGAUCAGUCUGCCCGUGCCAGGUUGAGUAAUUUGGCUCUUGUAAAGCCAGAUAAAGCAAAAUCGGUGGAGAAUUACCUGAUACAGAUGGCUCGCUUUGGACAGCUUGGAGGAAAAAUUACAGAGGCUGGACUUAUAGAGAUCCUGGAGAAAGUCAGUCAACAAACAGAGAAGAAAACAACUGUAAAAUGUCCAUUGAAUGUCUCUGCCCCCCCCCCCUCCCCAGUUUAACCGACGACGGGUAAUGGACUCAGAUGAUGAGGAUGAUGACUGAUAUGCAGGUGUCAUGAGUUUAGCAGAUUCUCUUCAUUCAAUACAUUGCAGCAAAGCUGCUACAUAUUUAGAACUUUUUUUGUGAACAGUGGACAAUUCUGAUCUCUUGUUAUUGCAAUAAUUGGAACUUUCCCCAUAUCUUUGAUUGUGUGGACUUUUUUGAAGAAACCUAUAUGUGCAACUGUUUACAUAAUAAAGGCCUUAAACAAAAAUGUAA